CACCUGAUAUCGUAUACCGACUUUCAUUUCCUCAUCUUCCUACUUCCUUCUCUUCAACGAUCUGCACACUUUCUUCUUCAGCUCACCCCCCAAAUCUUGAGCCCCUCAUUCGAUUCCCUGACAUUCUUGCAUUCCCAGAUUUUAAUUUCCCGAUUAUAGCCUCGAAAACGUCAUGGAUCUAGCGCCGGAAGAGCUUCAGUUCUUGUCCAUACCAGAUAUCCUAAGAGAAUCAAUUGCAAUCCCAAAAAGAUCCCCAAAAACCUUCUACCUCAUCACCUUGGCUCUUAUUUUUCCUCUCUCUUUUGCCAUUUUAGCUCACUCCCUUUUCACCCACCCAAUCUUGGCUCAACUGGAAUCCCGUCCAUUAGCCGACCCGGCCCAAACCCGUCACGAAUGGACCCUCCUCUUCAUCUUCCAGUUCUUUUACCUCAUCUUCCUCUUCGCCUUCUCUCUAUUAUCGACUGCUGCAGUUGUCUUUACAGUUGCUUCGCUCUACACAUCAAAGCCAGUCUCUUUCUCUUCAACGAUCUCAGCCAUACCCAAGGUUUUCAAGCGCCUUUUUAUAACUUUCACAUGGGUUUCUAUCUUGAUGUUUGUUUACAAUGCCCUGUUGAUUGCUUUCUUGGUCAUAUUUGUCGUAGCCAUUGAUUCCCAGAAUACCAUUUUAUCGUUCUUGGCGUUUAUGGUAAUUGUGGUGCUCUUCUUGGGUGUUCAUGUUUACAUCACGGCUCUAUGGCAUUUGGCAAGUGUGGUGUCGGUGCUUGAACCGGUUUACGGGUUUGCAGCAAUGAAGAAGAGCUACGAGUUGUUGAAAGGGAGGGUGAAGAUGGCUUUCGUUUUGGUUUUUGGAUAUUUGGCAAUUUGUGCUGUGAUUGGGGGUAUUUUCGGGAUGGUGGUGGUACAUGGAGGAGAAAGCUAUGGGGUUUUUGGGAGAAUUGUGGUCGGAGGAUUUUUGGUUGGAGUUUUGGUGAUAGUGAAUCUGGUGGGGUUGUUGGUGCAGAGUGUAUUUUACUAUGUUUGUAAGAGUUAUCAUCAUCAGGGAAUUGAUAAGAGUGCUUUACAUGAUCAUCUCGGUGGAUAUCUUGGGGAGUAUGUGCCCCUCAAGAGCAGCAUUCAAAUGGAUAACUUGGAUGCUUGAUUGAACCAGGAAGAAUUGUAUUUUGUGAAACGAUGAAGAAAGGAAAUAUCUUUCAAAUGGGUAUGUGGGAUCUUGCUGUUUAGUGCUUUUCACACAUUUGUUCCCCUCCUUUCCCCCUUCCCCUCCAUUUUAUUUUUCUUGCAAUAAAAGUUUUAGCAACUGUCUUUCCUUUCUGUUUUAGUUUUCGUAAGUGUUAAGCAUGGCUGGUUGAAUGAUAAACUUGUAUAUUAGACUGCAAAAUUUAUAUGGUAGCUGAACGAUCUUUCUUUCUCGUAUGUUUAAUGGGAAAUUAGUGUUAUUGUUGAUGCUUA